AGCCAAUUAUUUUUACCUUUCCAGUCAACUGUGAAAGCGUCGAUACCUGAUGUUCCUGGACACCAAUAUUUUGAAUUGAAGUGCUUACACUUGGUGUUGUAGUCAUGUGCGAACCUAUCAGCGUUAUGAGGACCCCACAGGUUGUCAAUGAGGAAAUGGCUUCUACUCGUCUAAAUAGAUUCAUAAACCAAAACGGUACUGAAGACAGUAAAAGCAGUGACAGUGAUGAAACAAAUAUGGGAAACAACUCUAAUGAAAACAAAAGUACAGGUCGAGUCACGUGGAAUUCACAGAUGAUGAAGUCUAUGAGAGAUUCAACACGACUCGGUCCUUCUUUGCAUGGAACAAACCUGUCUACAAUGAUGACAAAUAUAUAUUACAAUAUUGUUGUUGGUAUUGAAAUCACAAAUUGGACAAGAUAUCAUCUGAGCACACGAGCAAUGAUGACAUAUUCGAGAGGAUACAUGUCAACUCCCGCUGUUUCAGUUAGACCAGGACAUCAAGAAGCACUAAUAAUACAUGAGUACGGUUACCGUACAUGUAAUACUAUGACAGGAUCAAGUGGAAUUGUCUCUUGGCUAAUACAAAACAAAGAAAGGUGCCUUGUCAUCUUUUGGAAAGUGCCAUAUUUUUCUAGUAACAGUAUGGGUAUUUGCCUAAAGACGGUUGGAAGUGAAACUGAUAACGAUUGCUGGUUCAGUAUUAUAAGAAAUGAGCAAAAGGAUGAGAAACUGAAAUAUAAAUUUUCUACGUUUGACGAUACGAGUAAUGAAAUGAUGAUCGAAGAUGACGAUUUUCAGAUAUUUGGUUCCAUUGAAACCAGCAGUAAACCAGAAGUUAAAAUAACACUGCGUCCGACAAUGACACAGGACCUACAUUUUACGGGGCCACAAUAGUUGAUGAAUUCAUUUUUGAUAUCUGUGCGUUCACUGGCGUAAGAGUAGACUGAAAAGUGUGGAUAGCAAAUUAUAACUGAAAGUGACAAUAAAAGAAUUCAACAUUAUAGAACAUAAAAGACUAAGUGUAAAAGUUUCAUUUUCAUUUUACAUUAUAUUUGUGUUUGCCGAUAAGUUUCAUUGGAUCACGAAUGUGACUUACUGAAUUAGACUAUUUACCGGAUUUGUAAUAACAUAAGCAACACGACGGGUGCCACAUGUGGAGCAGGAUCUGCUUACCCUUCCGGAGCACCUGAGAUCCACCCCCAGUUUUUGGUGGGGUUCGUGUUGCUUAGUCUUUGGUUUUCUAUGUUGUGUCAUCUGUACUAUUAUUUGUCUGUUUGUCUUUUUAUUUUUGGACAUGGCGUUGUCAGUUUGUUUUCGAUCUAUGAGUUUGACUGUCCCUCUGGUAUCUUUCGUCCCUCUUUUUUAACGUGAAGUAUAAUAAUAUAUAAAUAACACAUAGCUGAGAGGAUAAUAGAGCAGAUUGUUACCCCGAGAAAACACUGUUAACUGAGCCGAAGCCAAGGUUGACAAAGUUUAUUCGAGGGGUACCAAUAAGCUCUAUCACCAUAUCAGCUAGGUGUUAUUUAAUUUAUAAUACUGAUUGUUCCUGCCAUUAUUGACUUUUAAAUUUUAAAUUUAAAGUAACUAUUACGUCAUGUACAUGACAACGUUAUAGUUAUUAGAAAAAAACAACAAAAGUAAGCAAGAUUCAUCUGUUAUUUUGAAAGUCUACGAAAAAGUUCUGAGGCCAAAACGUAAAACUUUAGCAUUGCCUUAACAUUUUUUAAUGUAAAUUCAAUUUAUUUUCCUGUAAAUUAUCGAUUUUGAUUGAUCUGCACCAGAGGGUGACAUUCCAAUAAUUGUCUCCCGCUGAGCCAUGGGAUAGAGUAAAUUAUCUCCCUCGUAUAAGCCAAUCAAAAUCUGUCAUUUCAACGUGAAGCAUAAUACCAAAAUAUAAUACCAUUUAACAAUUAUUUUUUGCAUUUAAGUACAGUGUUGUGAUAAAAAUGUCUGAGUUGCGUUUGACCCUUAUGACAUUAAUCGCAAUUUUCAGAGCUGAAAAUAUAGUUGAUGUGAGAUCAAACUGUAACCUGUUGCAUAAUGUUAAGGAAAUGUCUUCAAAACAUUUUGCAUUGCCAUCUUAAACGGAAUCAAAGGGGACGUGGAAUAAGAUGCUUUGUGGUUCUAUUUGUACUUAGUUUAUUAAAUGUACUACAUGGUCACUGCUAAUAGUCCUUUAUUAAUUUGUGUUUAUCAUUGUCAUUUUACUUAGUUUCUUCUGUUACCUAUUAUAACAUCGGACUCGGACUUCUUUUAAAGUGAGUAUACUGUGCAUUUUGCUGUGUGUUUGUUUAUUCCAUAUUGACUAGAGGUAAAGGGGUGGGCGUACAUCUCAAAAACAUAUCUAUCCCCGUCGCAUUUUUACACUUGUCCCAAGUUAGGAGCCUCUAGCCUUUUGUUAGUCUUGUAAACAUUGUAUAUUUUAAAACUUUUCGUUCAUUUGUAUGUUUUGGAGUUUAGCGUGGCGUCCAUUUUGCUGAACUAGCAUACACUAUUGUAUAAGAGCCAGUUGCAGCCCACCUCCAGGUGUGGUAUUUUUCUCGCUGCAUUGAAGACCGAUUGGUGGCCUUAGGCUGGUUUCUGCUCUUUGGUCGGGUUUUUUGUUUUUAACACAUACCCCGUUUCCAUUCUCUAUUCUAUUGUUUUAUCAAGAACAUCGUUUAUCAUAAAAUAUUUUAAACAAUUUAAUAUCCCUUAAGCAUCAUAUUAAAAGUAAGUAAUAUGAUGAAAACUCAUUUUAAGUUCUUUCAAACCGUUAUGUGUUCAUACCAGCCAACAAAAGAGUUAACAAAGGGAUAGUGGUAAGAUAUAUAUACGACAUGAAAGUUCUUUAGAAUAAACUAUAAACUCGUCUACAUUCAAGGCCGUGUGCUUCACAGAGUCUCAAAUAGUUAACAAUCAUUACACUGUUGCAUCUCAGCUACUAGUGACGUCUUUCAGUGCUUUCAAUUAGUU